AAGUGAGGAGUAAAAAAUUAUUGGAGAAUUUCUCUUCAAUGUGACUAGGUGAGUGGCCAAAGGUUUCGUUAUGAGCAGCCACUAGGCAAUCCGACAUAAAUGGCUAUUUUACCGUUAAAAGCCGUUGCUAACCCGCCAAUUUCAUGGCUGUUACAACCACCAGUAGCCUUCCCUAAACCAAGACCAACUUCCAAACCCAUCUGCUAUUCUCUCUCUUCUGACCACCCUCAUCUCUCCUUGACUAAUGUGCCACUGGAUUCCGCCACUUAUGCUUCAAUUCUUGACUCUUGCACAUCGGAUAUUCUGGGUAAAUCAGUGCACGCCCAUGCCCUUAAAUCUGGGUUUCAUGGGCAUGAAUUUGUUGAAACCAAAUUGCUCCAAAUGUAUGCUAGAUGUGACUGUUUACAUGAUGCACAUAUCCUGUUUGAUAAAAUGCCCAACAGAAAUUUGUACAGUUGGUUAGCAUUGAUCAGUGUUAAUGUAAGUAAUGAAUUGUUUGAUGAUGCCUUUUCUUUGUUUUUAGAGUUGUUGUUUGCGGAUUUGUGGUUGGAUUUCUUUGUUUUCCCUGUUGUAUUGAAGAUUUGUAGUGGGCUUCAGGAUAUAGAACUUGGGAAGCAAGUUCAUGGGUUUGUGAUUAAAGCAAUGUUUGUUAUGAAUGUUUAUGUGGGUAAUGGAUUGAUAGAUAUGUAUGGGAAAUGUGGAUAUUUAGGUGAUGCCAAUAAGGUUUUUAGUACGAUGAUCGAGAAAGAUUCUGUCUCGUGGAAUUGUUUGCUUUCAGCCUGUGCUUUGAAUGGCAUGGUUCAUGAGGCAUUACAGAAUUUGGAUAAUAUGUCAAGUUCAGGAGAUUCUGUCCCAAAUGUCAUUUCUUGGAGUGGGGUUAUCAGUGGUUUCGCGCAAAAUGGGUAUGUAAAUGAAGCUGUUGAGUUACUACGUAAGAUGCAAGCACGAGGGGUGGAGCCAAAUGCACAAACAAUAGCUGGUGUUCUACCGGCUCUUGCUAAGUUACAGACACCGAGGUUAGGUAAGGAAAUUCAUGCCUAUAUCACAAGACACGGGUUUAUGUUCAACCCCAUUGUAGUGAAUGGGUUGCUUGAUGUGUACAGGAGGAGUGGCGAUAUGGAAAAUGCUUUGAAACUGUUUUCGAGAUAUUCAGUGAAGAAUAUAGUGUCCUUCAAUACCAUGAUUGUUGGAUUCUGUGAAAAUGGUGAUAUUUCAAAAGCCAAGGAUGUUCUUAACCAAAUAGAAAUGAGUGGGGUUAAGAAAGAUCUUAUAACAUGGAAUGCAAUGCUUUCAGGAUACGUUGAUAACCUCCUCUUUGAAGAAGGAUUAAGCUUGUUUAGGGAGAUGCAAAUGGUAGAAGGGAUUGAAGUUGACUCUUAUACUCUAGGAAGUGCUCUCUCUGCUUGUUCUGGUAAGGGUUCUCUGAACCAAGGAAAGGAGAUACAUUGCAAAGCCAUUAUUAAGGGUUUGAGCUCUAACCCUUUCGUGGCAGAAGCUUUAAUGGAAAUGUACAUUAGAUUUCAAGAUUUAAAGGCUGCUCAACAGGCAUUUGAUGAAGUUAUUGACAGAGUUAUAAGCACAUGGAACAUUCUAAUUUCAGGCCAUGUUGAUAACGAUCACUAUGAAGUCGCUUUACACUUGUUUUCAGAGAUGCAGAGUACGAAUAUGAGACCUGAUAUCUAUACAAUGGGAAUAGUUUUGACUGCUUGUUCUAAAUUGGCUACAAUUGAACGAGGCAAGCAGGUUCACGGGCAUUCCAUCAGAUGUGGGUAUGAUUCAGAUGUCUAUAUUGGAGCGGCCCUUGUAGACAUGUAUUCAAAAUGUGGGAGCAUAAAACAUGCAAUUAGGGCUAAUCAAAGGAUUUCAAAACCUAAUCUGGUUUCCCAAAAUGCAAUGCUUACUGCCUAUGCAAUGCAUGGACUCGGAGAAGAAGGUAUAUCUCUUUUCAAUACAAUCCUUGCCAAUGGUUUUGCACCAGAUGAGGUCACCUUUUUAUCAGUUCUUUCUGCGUGUGUUCAUGCCGGGAAUAUUGACAUUGGCAAAAAGAUUUUCAAUUCAAUGGAUUGUUGUUAUAAUGUGAAAGCUUCACUGAAACACUACACGUCUAUGGUUGACCUGUUAAGUAAGUGUGGUAAAACUAACGAAGCUUACGAACUGAUUAGAAACAUGCCAAUUGAACCAGAUUAUGUGACUUGGAGUGCUUUACUUGGAGGUUGUGUUAUUUCAGGUGAUGUGAAACUUGGAGAAAUGGCAGCAGAAAAACUUCUGGAAUUGGAACCAGAUAAUACUGGAAACUUCAUUCUGUUGGCAAAUAUGUAUGCAUUUUCUGGUAGAUGGAAUGAUUUGUUAAGAAUAAGAAAGAUUAUUACAGAGAAAAGAAUGCGGAAGAGUGCUGGGUGUAGUUGGAUUGAAGAUGGGAAUGAAGUUCAUGUAUUUACUGCGAGUGAUACAUCUCAUAGGAGAACAGAGGAGAUAUAUUCUUUGUUACAGAGUUUAACCAUGCAGAUGAAAACAUGGAUGUUUGCUGACAUAUAGCAACAGUACAGUAUCAAAUGUAAUGUAGGAGAUUAUGUCCGUACACCAGAUCUAGUAAUUUUGUAAUUCAUAAUUCGUAUUGUGGGAAGUGA